GCACAUUUGAAUCAUGUUUGAAUGUCACAGCUGGUGGAACAGGUUGGGCCUGUCUGCCACACCUGUAUAGUAACUGAGAUACCUGAGUGGCGUCCACUGCUUCAGUCUCAUCUUUCUGUUCAAACACACACUGACUGACGGCUGUUCUUACCCACUGACACACUCUGCAGGCAUGGACAGGCUGGCAAGGAUGGUCGGAGACAAAGUGGGAGACAUGGUGGAGGGGGCGGUGAAGAAAUCUCUGGGCGUCGAGGACAAAAAAAAGGAGAAAAAAGGAGGAGGAUUCAUGUCCUUUGGAGGCGACAAGGACAGAGAAAAAAAGGAGAAAGAAGGCGGGAUGUUCUCAUUUGGAGACGACAAGAAAAAGGACGAUGAAGGGUUCUUCUCAAAGGUCUUUCACAAACACGAUGACGACAAUGAGAAAGUGAAGCAGAAGCAAUCAGGAUUUGAUGGUCUCUUCGCUGAGCCGGGAUCAGCAGGAAGUGGAGGAGGACGCCACGAGGGAGAAAAAGGAGAAAUUGGAGGUGAAGAAAGCACAGGACAGGUUGUUGAUUCUGACAGAGACCUCCUGGAAGAUCUCAUGGAGGUGGCUGCAGAAACCUCCGUGGAGAAGUAAAAGCUCAUCCGGACAAGAACCUGCUUGUGCUGAAAUGUGAAGACCUCGAGGCUUCUUUGAAUUGUAUUUUGAGACUUCUCUGCCCUGAUUGAUCAGAACAAAUGGAUUGACCAGGCUCCACUGACAGCUGCUGACAUUUACAGUUUGGACAGAAAGUUAUGACACCCCUCCAGAAGGGAGAUGAGUCUUUCAUUAAGGCUUCAUGGAGACUCGCACUUUCUGUCCAUGUUUCUGUUCAAUUUAACAUCAGUUAAAGUUUACCGACGUAAAGUUUAUACUUGUAUAACAUCACCGAAGUCAAAUCAAAACAGAUAUUAUUAGAGACAUUUAAAUGUUUGGGUGAGGCAGAGGGCUCAAUUAGAUUAGGUGAUGGAUCCUGAUUCUGUUAACAACCAACAAUAAAACCUGUUCACAACAAUAAUCCUGGUCAAAUCGAUGUCAAAGAUGUAGUAAAUUCUACUCCUGGAAUCACAAAUGUUCUGACCCGGGUCUAAAGUCACCUAAAAGUAUUUAAGAGUGUGUAUAAGAGUGUGCCUAGGAGUCGCGAGCACCUCGGGUUUCAGAAAGGGAAAUAAUUAAGGCCGCACAGUGCAAGCACGAUUUUUCACUGCACAUAUCUAUACUAUUCAGCAAAGUUGUGAGUCAAAAACAAACCAUUGUUGUUUUUUAAUUGUUAGACAAAAAUAAAAAAUUUGUGUUUAAA